AUGCCUCCCCUUCGCCACUACGACCGACUGGAAAUGGAAGACUUGGACCAAGGUGCGGACGGGUACUUGGAAGCACUCUUGCACGAGUCGUCCGACUCGGACGACUCGGCCGACUUGGACGACUGGGAGUUCAUGGGCUCGGCACCAGCCCACAUGGGUUCGGCACCAGCCACUAACGACCCCUCCCGCUCCCCUUCCCUCGAACCCUACCGUCGCGAAAAUGAAGCAGAUCAUCUACGCGCUGCGCGACGCCGCUUUUUCGAGCUGCCCGACAACUUCCGACCAGUAGGAGGACCAGCACCAAGGAUGAGGAUACCGGACGCCCCGCCCAUUCCGCGCGGUGGACCACCAGAGCAAGCUGAACCCGGACCCGCAGCCUGGCCGACUAGGGCACGUCGACGUCCAUUAAUUGACGAGGACGACUUGGACGCACCUGGUGCCAGCGCCGACACCGCAAUCGCCCUGGACGACAGCAGUGAUGAGAACGACCCCGUCCCAGGAGAGCCGGCUGCUAGAGGUCCACGCCAUGUCCGAGUCUUGUCCCCCAACGCGUUCCGGAACAACAUGGAUGUAGCAUUGGACCGAUCACUAGAUCGUGCGGUGCGGUUCGAGCGUCGCGCCAGGAGACAGCAAGAAGAGAACAGGCGAUUGCUUGAGAACGCCACUGAUCGCCUCAACCACCACCUCCGCUCUCCACAGCCCGAGGCUGGACCCGCCGAGCCGCGCGGCAACAACCGUAUGGGUGGAGCAGCUCUCCGCCAUGGCAAUGCGCAAUAUCACUUCCGCCCGGACCGUGCACCAGAGGUUCGCUAUCUCGAUCGCAACGGAAACGUGCGCGUCCGCGAGGGCCUAGACCCCGAAACCGGGGAGGACACCCCGCCUCUCCCUCCUGGACUUGAGCGGUUGGUUGGCCCCAUCCGCGGUCAUCCGGCGCUUCUGCGAAACUUGCUCAACGGAGCGUUUCACCUUGGGAUCGGCGGGGUGGGCCCAGCUGGCCGUCUGGACGCGCGGGAGAUUCUCGAUAACGUCAAGGCCGAGACACCGCCGACAGCCACCGAUGGUUUCACGUUCACGUGGGAUGUCGAAGACCUCGCCAAGGAUAUUGAGGAGAAGGAGAAGCGCAGUGUCGUCGUCGAGCUCGACGAGAGAGGCCGCAUAGUGCCUGACAAACGCAAACCGAGAGGGCAGGUGUAUCUUGCCUGCUGUGCGUGCCCCGAGCCGCUGCGGGUUGGUAACGCGAACCGGUCCCCGGAAGAUCGAGUGUGGUCGCUGCGCUGCGGACACCUGCUCGACCAGCGCUGCUACAAGCAGUGUUCGGAGCCUUCGGACGAUUCGCCUCCGCUGGACGCGCCAGCCCCAAAACGCCGUCGGUCGGGGCGGUUCACGCGCUCAACACCCAUGCGCAAGAGUGAUCACGAGUGGGUGUGCCCCGUCAAGGGAUGUGGGCGGGUGCAUGUGAGUGUAAGCGAGGGUGAAGGUUGGACGCCAAAGGAAGGACUUGGCGGGGUGCAGUUGUACGUGUAG